AUGGAUUCGUCGCAAUUGAAGAAGGAUCUCGAGCUGAGUCCCUCCGGCCCCGAAAUUUCCGACUCCUCCAAACAAGACCACAUUAUUGCGGUUGAUCUUCUCCACGCCCGAAGGCUCCCCAAGCAAAUCAGAUCAUUCACCCAGUCCCAAGACCGAAUUUAUCCUCUCCGAAGCCAUCUGAGAACCAUUGUCCAAUUCAUCCGAUCUCAACCCUCCUUUGUCGCCGGAUUUCUCCAAUCCGCCUUGGCCGCUGUUCCCCUUGGAGAUCUGGCCAGUUAA